AUUUUGUAUUUAUUAUGGUGAGAGAGAGAAAAAAAAAAUACAAAACUCUUAGGUUCCCCCUGUUGGAUUAAAAAAUUUUGGGAAAUUUGUAUGCUACCUCUUGGGUUUGGAAAUAUGUGAUUCUUAUCCUAAUGGCUGGGACCCCGUGGAUUUGUAAGGGAGUCUUCCUGCAGCUGGCUGGAUGUAUGUCCUUGACUGUCUUUAGUCGGAAGUAUGGCGUUUAUUCCCAUGGAUUAUCCUCCCUACGGGAAUAGUGCUGCUGUCUGUGUGGAUAUAUCCUUGGAGUUACGAAGGACCGCUGGGGUGUGGUGCACAGUGACAUCUUUCAGCUGGUGGAAUUGACCUUGGAGAUGGAUUGUUAAUCGCUGGGACGUAUCUUCUGACCGCUCCUGGAUUGUGUAUUCAUCUGACUGGGAAUAGUUUAAGAAGAGUGAAGACUACACGCAUGGGAUUUACACAGUUAUAGCUGGGAAUUAUUCUAUCACAUGGCGGUGUAAAACCAAAUUACAUGGAAUGUAAUAUUGGAUAUGAAAUUCUUGAUGAACUUUGGACCUCAAAGGGAUGGUCGAAGUGAGGAUGGUGGUAACAUCACAUGCGUUUUGAAAAGAACUAGAAAAAAAAACACCAAAAAACUUAACAAUCUUAGCGCAAAAACGGGUGGCCUGAGGAUAUGAAAAGUAUGGAUGUCUAUACAGUGCCCAUGUGAAUUACAAGCUUCCUUGGACUUUAAUGGAUAUGGUUUUCCAGAAAACAGCAGCUGCCUGGGGACACGUUUAUUUUUCUUUCCUCUUUUUGUUUUAAAACCCACAGUGGAUAACUUUGAUCCAAGUCAGUGGGCUGGAGAAGGUUAAAUAAUCCUCCCCUCCCCCCAUUGGACACGGUUCCUCUGCGGAUUUAUCCCAUUUUUAAAUUUUAAGUUUUUGUUUUGGUUACGUUUUUUUUUUUUUUUUUUUUUUUUUUUUUUUUUCUUCCUUGAUUCAACUAAAGUGCCAUUUGAAACCCUUGCCCUUUUUGCCUCAUUGAGAAGGUGGAUGUACCCUAAAAAGGGACCAAAUUGGGGAAGUUAUGUUCUCAAAUCACUCCCUAGAUUUAAUUGGGAUUGUAGGUCGUGUUUCCUCACUCGGAAAAGGGCUUCUGAAACACGGGAGCGUUCUUAUGAACAUAGUGCCUAUGGACACCAUGAGCGUGGGACUGGAGCGUUCGAACGGACACGACACUAUGAUCAGGAUUACUAUAGAGACCCACGUGACCGGACCUUACAACAUGGAAUAUAUUAUAAUUCUCGACGGAGUCCAAGCCGUUUUGAUGCUCAUGAUCCACGUUAUGAGUCUAGGACCCGGGAGCCGUUUACAUUGCCCAGUGUAGUGCACAGGGAUAUUUACAGAAAUGACAUUUCAAGGGAGGCACGAGGCAGACGGCCUGAACGGAACUACCAGCACAGUAGGAGUCGCUCGCCUCAUUCAUCCCAGUCAAGGAACCAGUCCCCUCAGAGGCUCGCAAGCCAAGCUUCUAGGCCCGCCAGGUCGCCCAGCGGCAGUGGCUCCCGCAGUAGAUCGUCUAGUAGUGAUUCUCUCAGCAGCAGCAGUAGUACCAGUAGUGACAGCAGCGAUUCCAGCAGCACCUCGAGUGAUGAGUCUCCAGCGAGGUCUGUGCAGUCUGCAGCAGUCCCUGCACCUCCUUCCCAGACACUCUUAUCUCUGGAUAAAGAUGAACCUCGCAAAAGUUUUGGGAUCAAAGUUCAGAAUCUCCCUGUGCGCUCAACAGAUACAAGCCUUAAAGACGGACUUUUUCAUGAGUUCAAGAAGUACGGGAAAGUCACAUCAGUGCAGAUACAUGGUGUAUCCGAGGAACGAUACGGUCUGGUCUUCUUCAGGCAACAAGAAGAUCAGGAGAAAGCACUUAAUGCCUCAAAAGGAAAACUUUUCUUUGGAAUGCAGAUAGAAGUGACAGCAUGGGUAGGACCAGAAACAGAAAGUGAAAAUGAAUUCCGGCCUCUGGAUGAGCGAAUAGAUGAAUUUCACCCGAAGGCCACUAGGACUCUCUUCAUUGGCAACUUGGAGAAAACCACCACCCCCCUGGAUCUGCACACUGUUUUUCAGAGAUUUGGGGAGAUUGUGGAUAUUGACGUUAAGAAGGUGAAUGGCGUCCCUCAAUAUGCGUUUUUGCAGUACUGUGAUAUUACAAGCGUCUGUAAAGCCAUUAAGAAGAUGGACGGAGAGUAUCUGGGAAACAACCGGUUGAAGCUUGGCUUUGGGAAAAGUAUGCCAACUAACUGCGUGUGGAUAGAUGGUCUGUCCUCUAGUGUCACAGAACAGUAUUUAACUCGCCAUUUUAGCCGUUAUGGGCCAGUGGUUAAGGUGGUGUAUGAUCGCUUUAAAGGCAUGGCCCUGAUUCUCUACAAUGAGAUUGAAUUUGCCCAAACAGCUGUAAAAGAGACCAAGGGGAGGAAGAUUGGUGGGAAUAUCCUUAAGGUGGAUUUUGCAAACCAAGAAAGCCAGUUGGCCUUCUAUGGUUCCAUGGAGUCUUCAGGACAGGACAUUCGGGAUAUCUAUGAAAUAAUAUCAGAAAGAAGAAGUGAUGAGCCCCGAAGGGGUUCUUUCAGUGAAUUUACUUCCACCACCGAACGGACUUAUUAUGAUAGUGUCCGGACUGUUGGGGCUUACCAGGAGGAAACAAGAAGAGAAUACCCUGCUCGAAGCAGAGAAUUGUACGCAGACUUUGAUUCGUAUCAAGGGGAUUAUUACGAGCAACGAUAUUAUGAUGAGUCAAGAGAAUAUAGAGACUAUAGGGAUCCAUAUGAACAGGACAUCCGGGAAUAUAGUUACAGAAGGGAAAGAGAGCGGGAACGAGAACGCUUCGAGACUGAUCGAGAUGCGAGUGAGCGGAGGCAGGUAGAACGUAGCCAAAGUCCAACCCAUUCAAGAAGACCUCAGAGUCCUGCUGCAUCCCCUUCACAAUCUGAAAGAAUUGCUAGCGACCCAGAACGUAGAAUUUACAGUCGCUCAUCUGACCGCAGUGGAAGUUGUAGUUCUGUGUCCCCUUCACGGUUUGACAAACUCGACAAAGCUAGGACUGAUCGUUACAUAAAAGGUGAAAAAAUAGAAAAAGAGCGCACUUUUGAUUCAGAUCGUUCUGAUAAAGAGAAGCGGCUACUGCGUAAGGAAAAGUCUGAAAAGGGUGAAAAGGACAAAUCAGAUAGAUCUAAACGAAAGUCCAAAAAUCAUUCAACAAGUUCCCUAUCCUCUGAAACAGAUCAAGAUAAUGAGAAGGAGCCGAGCUUAGAGAAACAGAAAAGCAGCACCAAACAGCUGGCCAAAGAGAAAAAUGACAAGGACUGUGCAUCUAAAAACCGCUUGGACCUUAUGCCUUGUGUUGUUCUUACAAGAGUGAAUGAAAAGGAAGGGAAAGUCUUUGAUACUCCUGGAGUAGAUAAGGCUUCAAAAAACAAGGUUGAUGGUGAGUCUGUAAAGUCCCCUUCAUCAGAUCAGAAAAUUCAGAUGGUCAGACUUGAGCAACCCAAGUUUGAGCAACUUAAAGCUGAAUCUGCAAGAACUAAGGUGCCAAAAGACAAGUUACUAUCCAGCCACAUUGAAGUCGUGGACAAAGAGGGAAAACAGAAACUAAAAAAGCACUUAAAGUCAGAGCAGCCUGCAGAGGGUGCCACGACUGCUGACCUAGACAAGCUAGAAGCUCGUAAACGGCGCUUUGCUGAUGCAAAUUUAAAAUGUGAACGGCAAAAACUUGAUGUACGAAGGAAUAACCAAGAUGAGGAGGAUAGCCGUUUAGGUUUAAGGAAACCACCAGAGCCUGUAUCUUCAAGAGACUUCACCGUAGGCAGAGAGGGUGAUUUUGAAAGGAAAGCUUCUAGGAAAGAACUUUUAAAAAGUCGAAAAAACAAAUCUGAAAGACUUUUUGCCAUCAACAGCCCCAAAGAUGGCCAAGAUUUGUUGCCUGUCAGGAUCUCUGGACGUCCUAAUUCAGAUCUACAGUUUCACUUAGGGGAAUCGGUAGAUGAACAAUUUGAAUCUCCAGAUCAAGCUUCUAAAAAGAUGACCUUCCUGAAGAACAUUCAGAGGCAUGCACUCUUGUCAGACGAUAUGGAUAAAGACUCCUCCAAGGAUGACCGAAAAAAUUACAGCCUUCUUUCAAGAGAAACAGUGGGCAUGGAGAGAUCAGAAACGGAUGAAAAACUUGCAAUCGACAUUGACCACACUCAGAGCUACAGGAAACAGAUGGAGCAAAACCGCAAGUUGAAGCAGCAGAUGGAACUGGAGAUCUUGAAGUCUGAAAAAUUCAGGAGUCCUAGCAAAGAAGCAGAGGAGUAUGAAAGACGUAGCCUUGUCCAUGAAGUUGGUAAGCCUCCACAAGAUGUUACUGAUGACUCCCCUCCAACUAAAAAAAAAAAGAACGAUCAUUUGGAUUAUGAAAUCACCAAGCCAGAAAGACACUAUAGAAGUUCUCGCCAGAUAAGUGAUGAAUCUGAGAGACUGGCUGGUUCUCCAGGUAUGCGACCUUUCGGAUUUAAUGAGGAGGAAUUUACCGUUGGCUCACCUAGGUUACUACCAAUUAAAGAAUACAAAGAGUCGCCCCAUGUAGAUGAAAAGAGCACGUUUCCUAAUGUGGCCUUUAAAGAUGAACAUUUUAAAUUACUAACUGAAUCUGUCAAGAAGGAAAACAUAACUGAUCCUUCCAAAGGUAAAUUAAUUGCUAUGAGCCCAGAAGAAGAAUAUGGCAAAUGGGAUAACCAGAUCAAACAAGAAGGCAACAGGGUGGAUAUUAGCUUUCCUUGCAACAUUAUAAAAAGAGAAGCCAUUAGAAAGCGUCCCAGAGACCUAGAACCUGGGGAAGUUCCAUCAGACUCUGAUGAAGAUAGUGAUCCAAAACCAGUUUCCCCCAAAGUUUCUUCUCUGUUAGACGGUUCAAGGUUUUCUUUUUUGUUACGAGAUGGAGAAGAUAAGUUAAGAGACAAGGAAGAUCGGUUGUCUGGCUCAUUGGAAAGAAAUAAGUUUUAUUCCUUUGCAUUAGAUAAAACCAUCACCCCUGAUACAAAAGCCUUGUUAGAGAGGGCAAAAUCGCUCUCUUCUUCUCGUGAAGAAAAUUGGUCUUUUUUAGACUGGGAUUCCAGAUUUGCUAAUUUUCGCAGUAAUAAAGACAAAGAAAAAGUUGACUCUGCUCCAAGACCUAUUCCAUCCUGGUAUAUGAAAAAGAAGAAAAUCAAAACUGACUCUGAUGGUAAAUCCGAUGAUAAGAAAGAGGACCACAAAGAAGAGGAGCAAGAAAAGCAAGAACUGUUUGCCUCUCGUUUCCUUCACAGUUCAAUCUUUGAACAAGACUCAAAAAGACUCCAACAUCUGGAAAGGAAAGAGGAAGAUACAGAUAUAGGUGUUUUUCGUCCCUACGGCCGACAGCUUUCUUCUGACGGGAUCAGUUAUGCUUCAGACCUUGUGCAAGAACCAGUUGUCCUCUUUCAUAGUCGAUUCGUUGAGCUCACAAAAAUGCAACAGAAAGAGAAAGAAAAAGAGCAAAAGCCAAAAGAGGUAGAAAAAGUUGAAGAGAGAGAGAUUCGGCCUAAAACUCCUGAGUCAAUGCCAGAGUGCAAAGAGCGAGAGAUUAAAUCACCAGUGUCGGUCGUGCCAACACCAGCAACACUUCCUCCACCAGAGCCUGUAGUACCAGUCCAAGAAAAAGUCUCUGCUGACAAAACACCACCGCAUUCUGUUGAGACAGUAGAAGAUAAGCCAGCUGAACCUAGUGAACCAGCUGUUGAGGAACCUAAACCUCCCAGUGUGGUUGCCCCUAUUCCUGCAUUGGCCCCUCCCCCACUCCCUCCACCACUCCCAGUAGAAGCUACUCAAGUUGUUGUAGAAACUGAGACGCAGCCUACUACCCCGCAUAUAACUGAAGAGAUAGCAACAACAAGUACAGAACAGCCUCCCUAUUUGGAUACAAAACCACCGACACCAGGAGCAUCGUUUUCUGAGGUCAACGCAGACCCUGUCACUGAACUGAAAAGUGAUUCACCUACUGUUUCUCCUUCCAAGCCUGAAAUAAAGGUAGAAGAACCCGUUGAGACCUUUGAAGAAGAAACUCCUGUUUUUGCAAGUGGUGACACAGAUGUAUGCCAAAAAUCAGAAACUGUGCCAGAGGAAGUUGAACCUGUUAUAGCUGAAAAUGACAUGGAAGUAGAACCUCUUAAUGCAGUGAAAAGCAAAAAGGCACCUAAAGGCAAAAGGUCAAAUGUUUCAGACAAACCAGCUACUAGAAAGAGCGUGAGGAUUGACCGCGAGAAGCGCAACAGGUCAUCCUCCCCACGUGGAGAACCCCAGAAACAUCUUGAAAUAAAAAAUGAACAUGAAAGAGGUUCCAGGAGCUCUGCAAAAUCUCCAAGUGCUGUUCCAGAACCUGACAUCUCAGAGCCAGCUUUGCCCCGAACACGAAGAAAUGUUAGAUCUGUUUAUGCCACCACAGGCGAUAAUGAUGGAGUGUCUUCAGUUAAAGAAACUACAGAGACAUCACGAUCUACAAGAAAGAGACCUGAAAAAGAUGUUGCUGAAACCCCGGUUACUGCUCCUCCCACUCCGAGAAGAGGGCGGCCACCAAAGGUUCGCAAGAAAGAUGUAUCUCCUAUCAAAGCAGAGGCAUUAAAACCAGAGAACGAGGAUACAGAAAUGAAAGAACCAAUUGAAAAUGCAAAACCAGUAGAGGGAUGGCGGUCUCCACGAUCUCAAAAACUGUCUCAAAGCCAUUCCCCUCUGUCCAGUAGCCAAAUGGGUAAAAAGAAUAAAAGUGACCCAGCACCACAGGCUCAGGAGAGUUUGGCAGAAACCAAUAAAGACUGUAAUGAAAUGGCUGAGCCGCAGGCUGAAGAGGCAUGCAAGACAAAAUUGGACAAGGAAGAAACUGGUGAUGUUAAUCUCCAGUUAAAAGAUGUGGAGCCAGAGAAAUGUCCUGCAGAGAAAUCUGUUACUGAACCCCUGGACAAGAAAUUAUCUCCGGAGAAAGCUACAAAACCUAAAGUUGGAAGACCCAAAAAUCCCAAAAAUAUUCCUCAUUUAAAAAAGGUUGAAAUUCGUCUUAAUGCUGUUGAUGUGAAGGAUGCUUUGCGGCCACAUGAGGAUACAGAGUCACUGAUUGUUUCUCCUGUCAAAAUAAAAAGUCCUCAAAAAGAAGAUACUGUUUCUCCAUCUAUAACAAAUCUACCUGCAACAGAGUUCCCUGAAGCUUCUGACAAAGACACAGGGAAAGAAUGUAAUAUUUCAUCUGAAGCUGUGCGGCUGGCACGUCAGAUGGAACUGGAGCAAGCAGUGGAAAACAUUGAGAAGAUCACUGAAACUACUGCCGUUCCACCUUAUAAAGACCCCCAAAGUGGGGAAGUAUCUGAGACUCGAACAGAAGAGGAUGGGGAUAAACCUGCGCACCAGGCCAGUGAAACAGAAUUAGCAGCAGCUAUUGGGUCCAUUAUAUGUGACAUUUCUACUGACACUGAAAGUUUCCCUCCUGCUCCAACAUAUCCAGCAGAAAGGGAAUCUGAAAUUUCUUCUGAAUCAGCGACUGCUGCUGCUGGUGCUGCUGCUGGUGCUGCUGCUGCUGCUUCUGCUUCUCAGCCAGAUGAUUUACAGCCUGAGACAGACCAAGCAGUAAAUCUCAUCAUACAGACUGAUACUACCACUAGCUCUGGCAGUGCAGCUCCUGCACCUGCUGUACCUGAGCAAACAGAAUCGAUUGACCGCAAAGAACCCGACGUUGGCUUCAACGAGUCUACAAAAUCUGCCAAAGAAAGCGAAUCUUUACGGGAGUUACCUGCAAAACAAAAGGGUCGUAAUAAGGGACACAAGAAAAGGCGAAGAGCCGGCAAGAGCCGUGAUACCAUACAGAGCAACGUGUUUGUGCGCGAGAAUAUUCAAGGCAAAUCUCCUGCAAAAGAUGAAAAGAUCUCUUCGGAUGAAGGUCUAAAGGAACAGCCUGGUGAAGAGUCUACAUCAAAUCCUGACAAUCCAGCUAUGGAUACAAGCCUGAAUUCCUCUUCUGACACAAUUUCCAAAGAAGGAGAUGAAGGAUUUAAAGAUGAAGAAAUGUCUGCCGCUACAAAUUUAAGUGAUUCGCCCCAACCUCUGUACAUUGAUGAUGUUAGUCAGGGAAGCUUCAAACUACGUUCAAGUACUGAAAGUGCCCCAGUUACCCCUCCCAGUGUAACUACUACUUCGGUUCUGUCCGCUACCCCAGGGAAAACUGGAGCUCCUGUCACUGCAUCCCCUCUUGCUCAUUCAGCUCCAGCAAUUAUGUCUGACUGGAUUGUUAGGCAUGAAGAGAAUGCUUCCAUUUCUACUACACCUCCUGCGAUGCCCCCAGAUACAAAGGCCUCUGAUGUGGAUACAAGCUCAAGCACCUUAAGGAAGAUAUUAAUGGAACCAAAAUAUGUAUCCUCGGCCAGCAACACCCCUAGUAUUGUUACAGCAUCCAUCUCUGAGCCUGUCCCUGCGUCACAUGUAGAAGAACCCACUCAUCCGCAAGUAGAAGCUAUUAAACCAGUGUCUGAGGAGAAAUCAGCUGUUCCUCUUACCAACACAGUUGUCCCACCAGCGGCCGAAGCCCCAUCUUUUCAAGAGAAAGGGACUCCAGUGGCCCAUAAGGCCACCUCUGUUAUCAGUAGAAUGCCCCCCAGCUUUGAUCCUGAUGAUUUGCCAAGGAUAACAUUGGCAAAACAUGCACAGCAUCAGCCCACUCCACCUUGCAUCCCAUCUCAGAAGAUCAAGGUGAGACAAAACGCUAAUGACAGUCGUGCCUGCAUAAAACCAACAAUGACUGUAAUAGAGGAGCGACCCACUGAAACUGGCUCAAGCCCUGGACUGAGAGUGAACACAUCACAGGGAGUAAUGCUAUUAAGUUACUCUGGCCAGAAAACAGAGGGGCCUCAGCGAAUAAGUGCAAAAAUCAGCCAGAUCCCUCCUGCGAGUGCUGUUGAUAUAGAGAUUCAACAGUCUGUGUCCAAAUCCCAAAUCAAACAGGAACCGCUUGCUCCAUCUCAGAUGUUGCCGAAAGGACCUCAGACUCCCUCGGGUUACCAACAGUACAAUGCAUCACCUGUCAUUUCAAGCAUAAAACAAGAGCGAACGUCAUUGGAGAAAUCUGAAUCGAGCCACAUUAGUGCCCCAAAUUCGUCCUCGCAAUCCGGAGCAGUGAAAGUGCUUACCCAGAAUGCUGCUCCAGUUUUAAUGCACAGCCAGAUGCUACCCGGUCAGAUGGUCCCAUCUAGUAAAAAGAUGACAGAGGUCAUAGAGUCUAAAGUGCUUCAGACUACAAAUAUGAGCCCCCACCAUUCUUCGUUAUCAAGCAAGAUUCCAGCAGAGUCAAACCACGUGACUUCUAGAUCCAGCACGCCCACAGACAGGGCUCUCCCACAUCUAAAUAUUAAACAGGAGCCUCAUUCACCUUGUACAGCUGGCCAUUCACCAUCUCCAUUUGCCAGGUCUUGUCACCCCAGUGUUACAGCUUCUCCUGCCUUAACUAACAAUGCCUCAGUUAUGCUGGGUGCAGGAAUGCCAGUGCCUCCAUACAUCCCGAGCAUGCACCCAGAACAGACAGUCAUCAUGCCACCUCACAGCGUAACGCAGCCUGUGUCUCUAGGACACUUGUCUCAAGGUGAUGUCAGAAUCAAUACACCGCCUCUGCCAUCGAUGCAGUAUGGUAUGCGGCCAGAAGCCCUUCAUUCUCCUAGAGCAGCUAUGCAGCCUCAGAUGGACGUCAGACCUCAAAGAUCGAGUACUCCACAGCCAGCGACUAUUCGAGAAGUGGUACUCCCUACAUUGUCUUCCCAGCACGCUCCAGAUGAGGACUUGCAUUACCACCAUCCUGUGGGCCGAGGUUCAGGUCAUGUUCAGUCUGAAGUCCUGGUGAUGCAGCAUGAAUACCGCAUGCCUACACCAGGGAUGCGCUUGGAUCCUUAUAGCGUUCCACAGGAUGUCAUUUUGCCUCGUGAUGUCCGCAUGAUGAUGCACUCUCACAUCUCUGCUGUUGGCGAUCAUCAUCAAGAGACCAGACGAUCCCGAACCCCUGAGAGUUCUGUGAAGACUCCACCUGCUAGUAAAACACCACAGCCUGUGAAGGAAUUGGCCAAACAACCUGAUGUCAAACUAUCUCAUUCCCAACAUAAUGAUGCCAGAAUGAUGAGUGGCCUGAGCUUAUCACAGCCGGUCGUAGUGUCACACGGUGUGCCUCUCAUCCAUCCUUCUGGGAGCUCAUUUCAUGACUAUCGACCAGUGUACACGGACAUCCGCAACUAUCAUCCUGCUGCUCAGCUCUCCCAUCCUCAGUACUCUGGUGCAUCGGCCAUGGGCUUACAGUCCCGGAGCAUGACCCCAUCUCAGGGAGGUCCUGACAAUGAACAUUCACAUUCAAAUGCUCCUGUUCGCAGUAAAACGCCACAAAUUGGCCAAGACCCUAAGGUAGCACAGUCAUCAGUAAGUGAUGCUCAUCAUGCUGCCCUCAGCAGGCAUACUGGUCAGAUGGAGUCUCACAUUCAGCACCUUCAAAGAGCACCUGUGGAUACAUCUCAGACCUCCUAUCCCUCUCCUGUUACGAUCAGUUUAAAACCAGAAUUGCCCUCCCCUCACCAGUCCCAGAAACAGGCCGCGUUCAUGUCCUCCACAGCCAGCACUCUCCAAAGGUCGGAUGUCCAGUCUCUUCCUAAACAAGAACCCCAGCAAAGAUCGGUGGAUAUGGUGCAACUUCUAACGAAAUACCCAAUCGUAUGGCAGGGUCUCCUUGCGCUGAAGAAUGACACGGCCGCGGUACAGCUGCACUUUGUUUCUGGGAAUAAUGUGUUGGCGCACAGGUCUCUACCAGCCCCAGAAGGAGGACCCCCACUAAGGAUUGCUCAGCGCAUGCGACUCGAGGCCACUCAGCUGGAAGGGGUAGCUCGACGAAUGAUGGUGGAGAGUGACUACUGCUUGUUACUUGCUCUUCCGUGUGGUCGUGACCAGGAGGAUGUGGUAAACCAGACUGAAUCACUGAAAGCCGCUUUCAUCACUUACCUACAGGCAAAGCAGGCUGCUGGCAUCAUCAAUGUGCCCAAUCCAGGGUCCAACCAGCCGGCCUAUGUCCUGCAGAUCUUCCCGCCCUGUGAAUUUUCAGAAAGUCACUUGUCCCGCCUCGCACCGGACUUACUAGCCAGCAUCUCUAACAUCUCUCCUCAUCUAAUGAUUGUCAUUGCAUCGGCAUGAGACCACUUGCCGCCAUCACAUACAACGCACUAAACCGUUAGGAAACAAGUUGCUGAGUGAGUGCUCUGGCCUGCUCUGCCGUGGAGAGAUCAUGUCCCACCGGACGGAGCUGGAGCUGCUGCUUCCCAGGAUGUUUACAUAUUGCUUACGGACAAGCUGAUGCACACAGGUGGCUUAAUGCAACAUUAUGGAAAGUGGCGUCUGAUUCCACGCCCAAAAAACGUGCAGUAUUCCAAGAUGGUUACUGUUUGUGUGCUUCUUUCUUCUUCUUUUUUUUUCUUUUUUUUUUUUUU